ACUGGCAUACACAUACAUGUAAGUACCAUAAUAAGCCUUGCUCAGGAAUUUUUUGACGGGCGUCAUGCUACGUAGGCCGUGUUGCAGUUUAGACUCAUUCCAUCGUCUUUCAUUUCCAAGCUUAUCAUGACAUCAGACGAAGACGAAGACUCGAUUCUAUCGCUGGAUUCCAUUUUCACUGAACCAGCUCGUCCUCCCACUCCAAAACCCACCUUCUCCACAUACACUCGCACUCGGACACCUCAGAACAAGCUUUCACUGGAAUCCGAUUCUGGCCUACUUGACAUCAGAAUCAAACUUGUAGGUUCCCAUCCAUUGUGGGGGCAUUAUUUAUGGAAUGCUGCGCGCUCCUUUGCUUCAUAUAUUGACGCAAAUCCUGACUUUGUUCGUGAUCGUUUUGUCCUUGAACUAGGGGCAGGUGGUGGCCUCCCUGGUAUCAUUUCCGCGCUAAACGGAGCUCAGAAGGUGAUUUUGACCGAUUAUCCCGAUGCAGCCCUCCUCGAUAACAUUGACUUCAACAUCGCUCAAAACGUCCCUUCAGUUCAAAGAAGUAGAAUCGAAGGACGUGGUUAUAUCUGGGGUAAUCCCGUGGAUACCCUAUUGCAGACUUUACCAGCCACGGAGCCAUGGAGGAAAUUUGACCUUAUCAUAUUAUCCGACCUUGUUUUCAAUCACUCACAACACGAUGCACUUCUAUUGACGUGCGAACUUUGUUUGACGCCUCUUACCAGUAAAGAUACGGAUCCUGCCGCUCCUGUGAUGCAUCCUGCACCCUCAAUCCUAGUCUUCUAUACCCAUCAUCGCCCGCAUCUAGCCCAUCGUGACCUGGGAUUCUUCGCGAAGGCACGUGAACGUGGAUGGAAGUGUGAUGAACUAUUAACCGAGAAGUUCCCGCCGAUGUUCCCCGAGGAUCCAGGAGCGGAGGAAGUUCGAUCAACUGUUCACGGUUGGCUGUUGACUCGAAAGACGAAUUGAAUACACAUGGUUUCGACGUGUGAUGACUUAAUUUGACACGUAUGUAAACCAACACGCUGACACCUGUGAACAUCGUGCCGGCGUAAAAUAGUGCAGACUGUUAUCCAAAUUUUCCAUUACAUAUCAUGUUUCAGAAAUGGCGUGACAAUUCCGCACGUUCUUAUC